AAGUCGGGAAAGCACAUCUGUCCCCGCAUGACGCUGUUUGUGUCGGCCUGCGUGUGUCGUUAAAGCCGUAGCGGUGACCGUUAGCGUGCCGGCAGUUUCCCGGAGCGCCGGUAAAGUUGUGGCCGCUGUUGACGGCGGUGUGGUAGCGUCGGGACGCUUUGCCGCUAUGGAGAACAUUCACUGAUCGGAUUUGGAAUUGUUUUUCUUGGAUUUAUCCCCGGUAAACCGAGCCGGUUUCUGUUCCCGCAUAUAUCCUAUUGGCACUGUGGAGUAGGAAUAUUUGGAUGAAAAAAAUGCCUGGGAGAACCAAGUACAACCUCGUAGAUGAUGGGCACGAUCUGAGGAUCCCAUUGCACAACGAGGAAGCAUUCCAGCAUGGGAUCAACUUCGAGGCAAAGUACAUUGGCAGUCUGGAUGUGGCGCGGCCGAGCAGCCGAGUGGAGAUAGUGGCGGCGAUGAGAAGAAUACGGUAUGAGUUCAAGGUGAAAAACAUCAAGAAGAAAAAAGUCCACAUCGUGGUGUCUGUAGAUGGCGUGAAAGUCACCUUGAGGAAAAAGAAGAAAAAGAAGGAGUGGACAUGGGACGAGAGCAAAAUGAUGGUGAUGCAGGAUCCCAUUUACAGGAUCUUCUACGUGUCUCAUGACUCCCAAGAUUUGAAGAUCUUCAGCUACAUUGCCAGAGAUGGACAGAGCAAUGUGUUCCGCUGUAAUGUGUUCAAGUCCAAGAAGAAGAGCCAGGCCAUGCGUAUCGUUCGGACAGUCGGGCAGGCGUUUGAAGUUUGUCACAAACUGAGUCUGCAGCACACGCAGCAGAACACAGAUGGACAGGACGACCACCACAGCGACAAGAACAGCAAUGACUCCUCCGUCACAGGUGUGCGUGCUUAUCCACCUGUGUGUGUAUGUACUUUCCUGGGCUCAGUUCGGGAGCUAACAGGUGCAGAGAAGACGGCGAUCGUCACUGAAGAGACCGACAUUGAUGCCGAGGAGGUGAACCAGGCGCUAGCAGCAGAGGAUCUGAACCUCAACAGAGGAGUGACUGACCUGGACGCCACAGCCAAGACAACAGAUGUGAACCUCUCAGAAAACAAGCAGCCUUCAGAGGAGGCUUCCCUGCUGGUGUCCAGCCCCAAGAUGCUGCUCCCAGCAUCAGGCAUACUGCCACCCAGCACCCCGUUGUCUGUGCACCACCAGAUCCAACUGCUCCAGCAACAGCUCCAGCAGCAACAGCAGCAGACACAAGUGGCUGUGGCACAGGUCCAUCUCUUGAAGGACCAGCUGAGUGCGGAGGCCACGGCUCGGCUGGAGGCCCAGGCUCGCGUCCACCAGCUGCUCCUCCAGAACAAAGAUCUGCUGCAGCACAUCUCUCUGCUGGUUAAACAGAUCCAGGAACUGGAGACCAAAAUGUCUGGACCAAAUUCCAUGGGUUCCCAGGACAGUUUGUUGGAGAUCACCUUCCGGUCUACAGUACCUCCGGUGAUAUGUGACCCCACGACACCUAAGCCUGAGGUGUCAGCCCUCAACCUGCACACAUUUGGCAACGGCGACGGGACCAGCAAUGCCUUCUCAUCAUCCAACGGGACUCUGGGAAGCCCACUAGGUAGGGACCAAUGUCUACUCAAACUGGAGUGUUUCCGUUUCCUCCCAGGACCCCCGGGGCCUCCACCUCCUCGACUCCCCUCGCCUCCUCAUCCGCUCAAGAUUAACAGGCCAGAGAUCAAAAGUCCAGAAGCGUCAGAGGGUCCAGUAAAGUCUUUGUCCUGCGACGUCAAAUCUCUGGGCUGCCUGGAAUUCGCAAGGUUUCGCGAGUCGGGUAUUGCCUCGGAGUACGAGUCAAACACGGACGACAGUGAUGACAGGGAGGAUGAGGAUGAGGAUGAGGGGGAGGACGAGGAAGAGGAAGACAUGGAGAUUUUUGGAUGGGGAACAGAUCAGGAGACAGUGAGGCUACUUAAUGUUCUCAACAGACAGGGAACUCCUGACUGCCUGGGAGAUGAAAUAGCGGUGUAACACUUUAACCUGCCCCCCCACCCCCAUCCUAUGGUGGCUUGUUUUGUUCACUUACUUAAAACCGCUGUGUGAGAAAGACAUAUAUUGGAUGUACACAACUACAUAAUCAAGGCUAACAUGAAUUUACCAGUCGCAUUUUUUUUUCCUGAUGUUGUUGGCAGAUUAAAGCUAUAAGCUGUCCUCUAAGGUACAUUCAGCUUGAACUUGAAGUGAAUUUAAGAUAACUAUGGUGUCAGCUGUUUUCAGACGGACAUAAGGCUUCUAUGGGAAAACAUAACCUUGUCCUGCAUUCGAAGUCAGUACAUUAAGUCACACUGGGGAAAACACUGCUGCCACGGUCCUUGCGACUCUUUUGCCUCUGAAAUGGUUGGCUUUAAGAUGAGAGUAGGACCUGCGAUCACUCGUAGCGACUUGCCAUUCUCAAAGCAACUUUUGGGUAUCAAAACUGCAGUCUGCUUUCAGUCUGAGAGAUCAGAAUGAGGUUAAUUUGACCAUUAUGUGCAGUUUGGUGAUAAUGAUGCUGCAGCAGUGUGAAAAGUUGCAAAUCACGAGUUUGAGUCCGACCCGCUGCACUUUGCCGCACAUCUUCCUCUUCCUCCCUCCGCUUUCCUGUCACUCUUCACUGCUCUGUCCAAUAAAGCAGAAAAAAGCCCAAAAAUACAAUAUUAUUGAAAUUCACACUAACUACUUGAAUUCAGAAUUCAGCUCAUAAAUUUGAAACACAAACUCAGAAAUAUGUCUGUGCAGUCAGAGUUGAACUGAUGGGAGGACAGGCUGUCUUCCUUUCUGAGUAAAAACUGGACAACUCACAAGAAAACAGUCUAAAUCAAUUAAUAAGGCCAGAGCAUCAAAUGUAAAAAGAAACCAAAUUAAAAUAGUGUCCCUUUAAAAAAAGGACGCAUGUGAGCACAAACAAAUUAAUAGCAGAAUGAUAAAUCAAAAAUCAUCGACAGCAUGACAUCAGAGAGGAGACCAAACAAGAACAUGCCAAACAUUAUAAAUUUUAGGUUUGUCAAACUUAUCAUCCUCAUACAGGAGGCAAAAAAAAGGUUCACACAGGGUAACAGGACAUUUUGUUAGCGAGAGGUUGUCACAAAUCAGCUGUAAGCAAAUAAAGUUUAAUUAUAGAUAAUUUGCUUCUAGUUCAGGCUGAAUUCGCCUUAAGAAUAAUAAUCUGAGUUGGUCACGUACCCUUGGAAAACAAGAGUUUGAGCCUAAUCUGUAUGCACACUCAUGCAUAUACUCUUAUUUCUCUGAAUCUGUUGCUCCUGUUUGCUUCCUUUUGUUUCCUGUUUUUUCAUGACACACAGGCGUCCAUCUAUCAGACACACUCAUCAGAUUCAGACUCUUAAGUUUUCCCCUUUGGGUAAAUUGAAGUUGUGAUUCUGCGUGUGCGCUGAUGGUGUCAUGGGGCUGUCAGGGUGUAACAGGAAAUCAAUCACUUAGCAAAUGGAAGUUGUUUGAAAAUGUACAUAUACAAUAUUUCCUUUAGGUUAGUUCAGGGGCAAGUGCUCACUCUGUCAACACGGACGGAGUAGCGAUCAUUCACGCUGACAGGAACAAGACAGAAGUGUUCGGGACUAAAGAGACCUGAGACUGACACGCUCUUGUCACAGCUGGAGUGAAAAGCGACUCUUCCUGCGAUGAAGCACGAACAGUUGGGUCUAACUUUUGGAGGGACUUUGUUACUUUGGAAAGGGAAAGCCCUUUCUUCCUCUGUUCAUAAUUAAUCAAAGACUAUUUUUAGACAGAAAUCUCUAUCUACCUGUACAAACUUUGUUUUCUACACAGAAACUGUUGGAACUGCUCCAUCCUUGACCCUCUUUUUUUGUCUCUCACUGUUUGUCAACUUGGUAGUCAGAGCAUGUUUGCACUCUUUUCAGUUGUCCACGCACAUAUCUCCCCACUUUUUAAUUUAUGUAAAGCUGGGAUUAGUUGGACCUCGAGGAACGCUGUUUGUUUCUUUUAUUCAUCCGGUAAACAAAAACUCUUCCCGCGUGCCAGAACAGCGGCUCGCAGAUGACAGCCAAGAGCGGUCCCGUUUGUUUUAACCCAGCUCUGUGUACCGGCCUCCAGGCACGAGUCAAUAUUAAAGCAUUCGUUUUGUUUCAUGGGGAAAGCUACAGAGUUUUCAUUUUUGUGUACUGUAGCCAUAGUUUAACAGGACAGCCCUUCGCUCAGAUCAGCGCAGACAGUCGUACUUGGCAAAGGUAGACGCUGCAGAGAUUUGAAGAGGAAGUGAGCCAAAUCUCUAAGUGCUCAAUAUCUUUUUGCAAAGAGCUUUAGUCAGAUUGGAUUAAACCAGUAAACUGCCAGCCACUUGCCAUCUGAUUGUGUUUGUAUUAAAAGAU